GUCUGACAGCCAGUAAACCCAAGACAGAGUUCAAGUCCAACUUAUUUCACCCCACAACCGCAGAAACACGCAGAAAACAAACGAGUCACAAAAGCCACCAGGUUCGGGAACGGGUUUGACUGGUGUCGGAGACUUUGAGGAAACAGAAGACGACGUUUUAAUGGGAUUUUCUUUCCUCUCAGAUGGGAAUGUAGCUUAGCUGCUUAGCCUGACCACUAGCGGUAGCGGGCUAGCCGUGUGUCGAAGAGUGAAGACGGAAUAAGUGGACUUUCAGGCGUUAUAACGACAUAACAUCUCAACAAACCGCCACAGUUUUCCCAGGGAAGCGUUUGCGAAGACGUCGCCGUCCCAGGAACGGCCAUUCUGGGCUGUUUUGUGGAGAUUGAGUGGGAACUUCUCGGUUUAGCUGGCUGGCUAGCUGGCCGUCACGUCGGUUUGUCAGUCGAACCUGAAAUCCGGACCGGAUAGGGGAGGGAGGGACACCGAACUCUCCCUUGAGGUCCGAAGGGCCCCCUUUGAUAUACGAGCUUUAGGGAAGGUGGUCUUGACGGGAUUCGAACCAGCAACCUUUCGGUUCGGCUGUCAGAACCGGUUCGGGCGGCUGUGGGGACUUUCUCUCCAUCAGACUUUUUGAAGUUCGUCUACUGCGGGCCGGGGACGGAACCGGACAGAGACCUCAUGAAUGGAAAUCGGCACUACAGCAGCCGUUGGGGCCCAGCCCCUGUUCUCAGUGCCUCGGAGGCCCGGCUAUGGCACCAUGGGGAAGCCCAUCAAGCUGUUGGCCAACUGCUUCCAGGUGGAGAUCCCCAAGAUGGACGUCUACCUCUACGAGGUGGACAUCAAGCCUGAGAAGUGUCCACGGCGUGUGAACAGGGAGGUUGUGGACUCCAUGGUGCAGCACUUUAAGGUCACUAUCUUUGGGGAUCGAAGACCAGUUUAUGAUGGGAAGAAAAGUCUCUACACAGCCAAUCCACUGCCUGUGGCUCCUGCAGGGGUGGACCUGGAUGUCACACUGCCAGGCGAGGGGGGCAAAGACCGACCCUUUAAAGUCACUAUUAAGUUUGUGUCCCUGGUUAGCUGGCACUUGUUACACGAGGUACUGACGGGUCGCAGUAUGCCAGAACCUCUUGAGCUGGACAAGCCAAUCAGUACGAACCCUGUUCACGCUGUGGACGUGGUGCUCCGCCACCUGCCAUCCAUGAAGUACACACCUGUGGGACGUUCCUUCUUUUCUGCCCCGGAGGGCUACGACCAUCCUCUGGGAGGUGGCAGAGAGGUGUGGUUUGGUUUCCAUCAGUCUGUUCGGCCAGCCAUGUGGAAGAUGAUGCUCAACAUUGAUGUUUCAGCCACAGCUUUCUACAAAGCACAGCCAGUUAUUCAGUUCAUGUGUGAAGUUCUGGACAUCCACAAUAUCGACGAACAGCCUCGACCCCUUACAGACUCCCAUAGAGUCAAAUUCACCAAAGAAAUCAAAGUUAUGGGUGGUUUAUGUACAGGUCUGAAGGUGGAGGUGACACACUGCGGAACCAUGCGGAGGAAGUAUCGAGUCUGUAAUGUUACCCGCCGACCUGCAAGUCACCAAACGUUCCCCUUGCAGUUGGAGAAUGGACAAACUGUAGAACGAACCGUAGCCCAGUAUUUCAGAGAGAAAUACAACCUGCAGCUCAAAUACCCCCAUCUGCCCUGCCUACAGGUGGGCCAGGAGCAGAAACACACCUAUCUGCCCCUGGAGGUUUGCAAUAUUGUAGCGGGGCAGCGUUGUAUCAAGAAACUGACAGAUAAUCAAACAUCCACAAUGAUCAAAGCCACGGCACGUUCGGCCCCGGACAGACAGGAAGAGAUCAGCAGACUGGUGCGCAGUGCUAAUUAUGAAGCAGACCCAUUUGUGCAGGAGUUCCAGUUUAAAGUGCGAGACGAGAUGGCUCACGUGACCGGGCGCGUGUUACCUGCGCCCAUGUUACAGUACGGGGGCAGGGUGAGCACAGAACACUUUAUGAAUCGCACCGUGGCUACACCCAGUCAUGGUGUUUGGGAUAUGAGAGGAAAACAGUUUCAUACCGGUGUGGAGAUCAAGAUGUGGGCCAUCGCCUGCUUCGCUACGCAGAGACAGUGUCGAGAAGAGAUUCUCAAGGGUUUUACUGACCAGCUGCGUAAGAUCUCAAAGGACGCCGGGAUGCCCAUCCAGGGUCAGCCGUGUUUCUGUAAGUAUGCACAGGGAGCAGACAGCGUGGAGCCCAUGUUCAGACACCUGAAGAACACAUACUCUGGACUUCAGCUCAUCAUCGUCAUCCUGCCAGGAAAAACACCCGUCUAUGCUGAAGUGAAGCGUGUUGGAGACACUCUUUUAGGAAUGGCCACCCAGUGUGUUCAGGUGAAGAACGUGGUGAAAACAUCUCCUCAGACGCUCUCCAACCUCUGCCUCAAGAUCAACGUCAAGCUCGGUGGCAUCAACAACAUCCUGGUGCCACAUCAACGGCCGUCAGUAUUCCAGCAGCCUGUCAUCUUUUUAGGGGCAGACGUCACACAUCCUCCUGCCGGAGAUGGGAAGAAGCCCUCCAUUGCAGCGGUGGUGGGAAGUAUGGAUGCCCAUCCGAGCAGAUACUGUGCCACAGUUCGUGUCCAGAGGCCCAGACAGGAAGUAAUUCAGGACUUGGCCUCUAUGGUGCGAGAGUUACUCAUCCAGUUUUACAAGUCCACCCGCUAUAAACCGACAAGAAUCAUCUUCUACAGAGACGGCGUAUCCGAGGGCCAGUUUAGACAGGUGUUGUACUAUGAGCUUCUGGCUAUCCGAGAGGCCUGUAUCAGUUUGGAGAAGGAGUACCAGCCCGGUAUCACAUAUAUAGUGGUGCAGAAACGACAUCAUACGCGCCUCUUCUGUGCCGACCGCAACGAGAGGGUGGGUCGUAGUGGAAACAUUCCCGCUGGUACGACAGUAGAUACAGAUAUCACGCACCCCUACGAGUUUGACUUUUACCUCUGCAGUCAUGCUGGAAUACAGGGCACGAGCCGACCGUCUCAUUAUCACGUCCUGUGGGAUGAUAACUGCUUCACGGCUGAUGAGUUCCAGCUGCUCACUUACCAGUUGUGCCACACGUAUGUGCGCUGUACCCGCUCCGUCUCCAUCCCUGCGCCAGCCUACUACGCCCAUCUGGUGGCCUUCCGAGCCCGCUACCAUCUGGUGGACAAAGAACACGACAGUGCGGAGGGCAGCCACGUCUCCGGACAGAGUAACGGCCGGGAUCCACAGGCGCUGGCCAAAGCUGUGCAGAUUCACCACGACACCCUGAGGACCAUGUACUUUGCCUAAACCAGCUCAGAUUAACCACCAUAUUCAUGUAGUCAUACACAAAAAACAAACAAACGUCGACCACACACACACACAAGCAGUCACAACGAUUGACUCCCGCCGUUCUGUGCGUCCUGAAAGGUCGGUCUUGGUGGCGAUGGAAGCGCGGCCCACCCAGCCCGGUAAAUGUGGACCUGACACUGUGCAGCAGGAAGACAGGGCCCACGCUUUAAUUCCACAAGUGGACCUCUGCACUAUUAUGCAAUAUAUUAAACCAGCCAAAUGAGGCCGUUCUGUCACGUCCCCUCCAAAUCCUCCACGACAACCAAAAGGGAAGCUCUUCUUCGUCCCCCUCCACUUCUGCAGACGUAACGUUUAAUUCCCCUGCCUGUCACGUCUUGUACCUCAAAGUUUUUUAAAGGCACUUUUACCCCCCUUCAUCAUAAGUUCGAAAUGGAAGCAGAUGGAAAGACUGUGAGAAAUGAAGCUUUGGGAACGCCUGCUGUCGUAUUAUCAAUGUACUCCUCUCCCGAACUCACUUAUUUUUGUAGCCAGUGGUGACUUAAGUGUUGUGAAGAACCAAUUGUGCGUUGAAAAGAGAAAUGAAAUUCAAGCUUUUAUUGUUAGACAAGUGCCAUUGCUGGGCGAAAUCAUAUGAUUUUUAAGCUAAUUUGAUUUUAAGCUCAAUAAUAUCUACCCCAAAUACAGUCUGUGAGCUUUUAUGUAUGACAGCGCGAAACGAUCAUGUUUUUGAUAUAUGCUUCAGCAACUUUAAACAUUUUUUUGUUUUAAAUGUCCCUCCAGUAUUUAUUUUUUGUUUGCAGACUUUCUAUUCAUUUAAACACACAGUCCAUGUUAAACGACACAUCAUAGUUUAGUGCAAUAAUCCAUUGGCAGGAUGACGUUAACUUGCGGUUCAUUGGCAGUCUAUAUUAAGAGGAGACGUAAGAAAGUUUUGGCGGAAGCGAGCGAAAAAUGAGGGUCGAAGAUGUGCAUGUUUUUAUUUUUUCGUGAAAGUGGCGGCGUUUCCUGCGUGUUAAUAAGUGCCUGCUUCCCAAAAAGCAUUCGAACGAAAACACCAGAAGUCAAAAAUCACCUCAUUUAGACCAAGUGUUGCAAUUAAAUUCAACUGUACGGCCUAAAUUUCUUAAGAUGCGAGCCGGUGCAAUGAUGCUGGUUCACUUUAUAUUGCAACUUACGUCGCGAUUUUCACUGCCCUGCCUAUUCAAAGGAUUACGCUGCUAUUGUACUUGUUAAAGUAGACCGUUGGGCUUCAUGCUUCAGUUUGCCUGUGCACAAGGGACUGAUCGCCCGCUCUGGGAUCACAUUUAUGGAGGAGCUCUGACGCUUGUUAUUCACUGGAGGGCCACUAGAGGUCAGUAUAGUAUUUUACUUGAAGAGCUUGUAUUGAGUGACGUGAGCGUGGGUGCCUUAAUCUUUCUCUCAGUGCCCAUCUGAAGCAGGUCCGGCUGUGUUACAAUGGUUUUCUGCACUAAAUGAUGCAUUUUGCAUGGUGCUAUCAGGUGCGGCCCACGGGCAGCAUCAGAAAUCGGAGACUUAAUUCAUGAGGUGGGAUUAUGUGUGUGAUGUUUAAAUGGUGCUGGUUGUGUAUUUCUUUCUCAUCGGAGAGGAGUCUCUUAUCUAGACAGAGAUAUGUUGUUGUUGUUAUUUUUGUUUGUUUAUUAGAUUUGUGUAUGAUUUUAAUUGCGUCGAAUGGUACAACACUAUGGCCAGUCAGAGUAAGAUUACGAUAAUAAGAUUGAACUGCACAGAGCACUAGAAACCUAUUCAAAAACUAUUCUGAUCCGUUUUAUAAAUUAUGCAAUGAAUUAAAUCAAAUUUGAAGUACAGUAUAAAUGGGUCCUGUAAGGAUUUGGAAAGAAGGCAGCAGGCUGUCGUGAAGACAUUUAUGUGCUGUUUUGACAAACGUACGGUUUGCAUGAGGAUUAAUGAUUUAGCAACUGAAACUGUUUCCGUUUUUUAUUAGACCUUCCAUAAUAUAACCACUACUGAUGCUUAGAGCAUUUACAGAAACAAGGUUGGAAGUAAAAUCAUCCAUGUGUGGAUGCCAAAUAACAGAUGAGGACGAUGAGGUGUCUCGUGAUGUUAUGUAGAUAUAUAUUCAGACACACACAUGCAUGUAAUAUUUGUCUCCUGGCAAAAAAAGGCAGGUUUAAAGGUGUUGCUUAGCCAAAAAUGAAAAUUAGUUUGACCUAUAACUCACCCUAAUGUCAUUACAAACCUGUAUACAUUUUAAACUGAAUAAAGUCUUCUAGGCUAUAUAAUAGCUUUAUGUGAGAAACGGAUUGAAAUUUGAAAAGAAGCCGUAUGAAAAUUUUACAUCAGUUAUAGUGACCAAAAUCAUCACGGUUAUCAAAUAUUAUCAUGGUUUUGUGAACAAUUUCUAGAAAUGUAAAAAAGUACUGAUGCAAACCCAAUUUAAAAUUAAUUUUACAUGUAAGUGCACUUUUGUGCGCAUAAACAUCAAAUAAAUAUCAUUAAGAUAAAUGUUAGUGAGAUAAAUGUUCAGAUAAAACACAAGUGAGGAACUCAGAUUUUCAUAUUAACACCCCCGCAGGCAUAUGACCGACCUUCAACGUUGAAAUUUGGUUGAAAUAAGGUCAGUUGUUUGUUUAGCGUUGAAACAACGGUGAAUAGUAAACGGUUAAUAAAAUGCUUAAAAAUCAACGUUGAAAUUUUAUUGAAAUAAUGUCAAUAUUCAACGUUGAAUAAAUUUGCAAAAUCAAAAGGUAAUUCAAAGUUGAUUCAACCUUGUCCUUGACGUUGAUUUAACAGUGAAUCAACGUUGAAAUGCCCGCUGGGACCAGACAAAUCAGCAAAUCUGCGUAUGUUGUGAGAAUCAGGUGUACUUUAUGACCCAGGAGUAAACUGCACGACACCUGCGCUCACAGAAGAAACAAACAGAGCUUAAAGUCAUCAAAUCACAUCAUUUCAUGGAAAAUUAAUAGAAAAAAUUUAUCUUUCUAAAGAAAUAUUAUGUAAACAUGUGCCAGUACAACUAUAUUUCCCUAAAUCCCUAAAAAUUUUUAUUUAAAUUCAGUCGAUGCGACGUCUCCUCCUUCCAUUGUAAUAAAUUGAAGCCAGAAAUGUCCGCCCGCUCUGCUUCUAUAGCAUUAAAUUACUAGCUAAAAUGAAACUUAUCAUAAAAUUAACAAUUUAACAUAUAUCAGCGUGAUAACAACUACCUUAAAGCUGUUUUCAUAGUGGUUUUCAAAUUGGGGGCCGCGAGAUGGUGCCAGGGGGGCCCCAGUUUUAUGACAUUUUAUGAAAUACAUUAAUUUAUCAUGAAAUACAUUAAUUUAUCAUGAAUUCUGUGUAAUUAAACCUAAAAAAUAAGGCUACUAACCAAAAGCAAUGCUUUUUUGUAUAAUUUAAUGUUUUUUUUUUAAUUAAAAUGUUGAGUUUUAGAACAGUUUUUUUGUCACAAAUUUUCUUUAGGGGGCCGCGAAGGAAUGCACCGUACACAAGGGGGGCCACACGCUGAAAAAGGUUGGGAACCACUGCCUUAAAGGACUGAAGCCAUUUUUCGGAAAAUAUUAUUGGAAGUGUAAAUAAUUUAUUUUUUUAGUGCCGAGUCCUAUUCGUUUGCAUAGAAAGGACAGGGUUUAAGACUUGUAAUGCUGCCAGUCACCAGGGGGCGAUCAAAGAUCCAAUGGCUUCACUUUUUAAGAUGUAUGAGGCACACCCGUCACAAAAACAUGGUAGCAGACGUGAAUGAAUGCGUUUGUGUCACGUAAUUGCUUAAAUUGAUUGAUGCUGGACAGAGGUUUGAGCCCUGAGACUCGAAUGUAAUUACCAAAUGUAAUACCAACCAUUUGACAUUUUUAUUGCAGUUAACCAUUAACCAUUACAUUUCUAAUUGAAAUGCCUGUGUGGUGAUAAUCCAUAUGUAUGUAUUUUACGAGUUUGCUAAUUCGUAUGAAGUGACUCAUACACUGAAAAAAAUCACUGGUUGCGCAUGAUUGAAUUUGAAAUGAUUUUCUUAAAAAAACUUGUUGGAUCUACAUAAUUUAAUUAUGUACACCAGUUCAACAUGAUUGAAUCAAGUUUCCUUAAAAUUAUCCUCAUUUUAAUUAAUGUUAAUUUCAUUUGAACUCUUUCCCCGCCAUUGACGAGAUAUCUCGUCAAUUAAGAGAAAAGCUUCCCCGCCAAUGACGAGAUUUUCCGUCUUUCCGCAAUACCGCUAUUAUUCUUUUAUUAUUCCGCAACUUUUUAAACCCGGAAGUAUUGCUCUAUGGCAAGCUGCUGCAUGUCCGUGUCUGUUUUAAAGAUCGCUCUGAAUGGGAUCUCUAUGAAAAGUCCGUCACAAAAAUGGAAUUAUCUCUGCUUUUUGCUCAAAAUGUGGUGUUUUUGCAGAAACCUACCCAUAUUCAAAAGCUGAUUACAAAAGAACUGCUCAAGGUAGGAUGAAACGUUUUUUUUUGUUUGAAAGCAGAGGGUCUGUUCUUUCAUUUGGUAUAUUGUAUGUUUAUAUAUCUGAAGAAGAACAUUUUCUGGAAGGCAUUAAACUUUGGUGAAAAUCAUGAAAAACGCUGGCGCUGGCUGGCAACUUUUUAAAAAAAUGCUGGCGGUGAAAGAGUUAAGAAAACCUAAUUUAAUGAUGUGCAACUGAUGUUCAGUUUUUUUUCAGUGUACCAAAACGUAUGAUUAUUAGAAAAACCCCACCCCUAUGUCACGGUGCGAAAGCAAAUCAUACAAAAACGGCGUACGAAUUUAUACAAGUUAAUAAACUCAUAAAAUACGUAGGAAUUGCCAUGAGAUGGUUUUGCAACAUUGAUGUUAAAUCUAUUACAACACAUGUUUAGUAUAUUUAAUUAUUACACGGCACUCAAAAUGCUUGAUUCUGAUUGGCCAGUCGUGACAUUUGAAGGUUUGUUUUUUUGUAGAUAAUUAUCACUCAAAAUUAAAAACACACGUAACCCGGAUGCUGCAAAUCAUUUUGAAAAGUACAGUUUAAUCUUACACAAAAUUAAAUAUCCCUUUAAUAACAUAUUCGGCAUUAUAUUUACAAAUGAUUAAACCAAAUCUUAUCUUAAAACCGAAAGUAAACGUGUUUUCUUCACGGAAGUCUGCAUUUGAUAAAAAAUAGUCAUGUAAUAACUGGGAUAAUGUACAGGCAGCAGGUUGUUAUCACAAAAUAAUAACAUAAAUUUCAUUUUGUUUCUCACAAAUAAAGUGUUGUAACAGUAAGAAGACUUCUGUAUGUAGCACACAAUUCGAUUUCUUUAUAUGUCAGCAAAACUUCACAUUUCUUGAAUGGAAAGUAAACGACACUUUAGGAAUGACAUGAGGGUGAGUCGACAACAUUUUUAUUUUUGGGUGAACCGUAUAAUGAAAGGUACAGAAAGUAUUUUUUAAUCUAGAGAUUGUCAUUUAAGGAUUGCUUGCUUUGAACAGAAACUGAAAAAGAAACUGUUGGCGGGAACGCUGAAGGUUGUGUUUAACAGAAAGACGUUUAUUGCUCGUAGCUUCCGUUAUUUAGAUGAAUGUUGGUCUUUACGCGCCGAAAUUGCUCUUGAAGGAUUGUACACAAAAGUCCAAUUCCAAAUCAGAUGUCUUGUCAUCCUUGUUUUCGAGCUUUAGGGAGGGUCUAAAUACGCGUUCAAAGUAGAAAGUGCCUUUCUUCUCGAUGGUGCUGAAGAUCAGAAACUAAAAGUGAGUGAUCAAAGAGUUUAUUUAUCUUACCUUGAUGAAAGGUGUGCACAUGCAAACACACAACACCUUUUAUUUUGAUAGAGAGGCUCAUAAUGAUGCCUCCUUGUAUAUUCAGAGAUUACAAUGACGAUAUAUGCCAAGUAUAUGAACGAAGGGUUGAGCUCUGUAUCAUACUGUAUUAGGGGUCAGGACCAAUCGAGGCGUUCGUAUACGGACACUUUAAAGCCUGGAAAGCCUAGCAUAGCACUUUAUAGACUGCCAUCCAAACGGGAAACAAAGUCAUAGCGCUUUGCUUUCCAUCCUAAGCCCUUUUAUCUCAUACUCCAGCAAAAGAUGACACCUUGUACUUAAAAUCUUUGCUGAGAGACACCAGGAUGACUUGGAAAUGAUUUACACGGGCGUCUCAUUAUGCCUUUAGAUAUUCUUUUAGUGGCUUAUGGAUCUCUAUGUGCAAAACUUAAAAACACACAAUGUGAUUACAUAUUAUAUGUGACCCUGGUGGCUUGUAUUUGUCACACGGGUGCCCAUUGGUCCAGGGAAAUUUACCUCGAUGACAGAUUUCAACACACUGCACCUCACUUACCUUGGUAUGCUGCAAACGUUAAGAGUGAAAGAAGCUGCAAACGGUUGAAUCUUACAAAAUCCUGUCAUGUUUUACAUAAAAACCAACAUAUUUUGGUUGAAUGAAACAAAGCUUAUUUUUUCAAGACUUUGCAUUGUAACUUUUUUCGAAUGAAAAUUACGCAUCCCACAAGGUCCUUGAAAUCCUUGAAAGUUUGUGAAUCUGCGGUGAAAAAUUCAAGGCCCUGGGAAGUUUUUUAAAAUGUACGUACAUAGAUACCGGUCAUUGAAAGUGCUUGAAUCUUUUUUAUGCAAGAAGUUUAAUGGAAAAAAAUCCAUAUUCCUACCCAAUCUCACAAAGUUUUGUGAUAUAGUCACGUAUUUUUUUUAUUUUUUUCGUGGUAUUAUCAAGAAUUUCCGAGUUUUUUCGUGAUCGUAUAACGAAUUCCUGUUUUCGUGUGAUUAUCACGUAUUGGUUACUCAACUGCUUUUUCCUAUUUUUAAACCAUUGUCGCUUCGGUUUAGGGUUAGAUUUGGUGCUUGCAUUAUAAUGUCACUUUAUACAUUAGUUUAUACCAUAGACUGUAAAAAAAGAUGGACGACGCUCUCUUCCAUUGGUGAAAAGUGAAGCCGCCAGCGUCCCGAUACGGCACUGACAUCUCGAGUCUGCGCAGUAGCGAUUUCGGGACCAGUCCUGCGCAGUAGUGAGCAGGAAGUAAAGCAGCGAAAUCAAGACCCCGCCCUCGCAGAAUGCGCAUAUCACACGAUAUCACAGCUGUCAAUCAUGACGUGAUACCACCGUU